AUGGACGCCGACAGUGACGACCUGCGCCAGGACGAGCUCAGCUCCUUGCAGGCUAUCUUCCCCGAAAUCGAGCCCGACGACCAGCGACCCUUCUGCUUCACUAUUCAACUGCCGGUCCGUCCCGCGAAGCCUGUGACUGUUGCGUUUCCCGCCGCCCCCAGCGCCCAAGACACAGCCGCUGCUCAGCUCCCAGGCGUCGAACCCCGCGUCGAUUCGCAUGAGCUCUCCCACCUCCCGGCCGUCGUGGUCCGCAUGGAACUGCCCGAGGGCUAUCCGUCAGAACGGCCGCCCGGCGUCAGCAUAAACACAUCGCCACCGUGGCUGACGAGGGAUGUCAUCAAGAAGCUGGAGGACGACGGCCCGCGAUUGUGGGAGGAGAUGGGCCGUGAUAUGAUCGCUUUUACAUACAUUGAUCACGUCCAGCAAGCUGCGGAUGAUGUGUUUGACAUGGUUGACGGGAAUGGCACUCUGGAGAUUGACCCAUCCCACAAGAUCGCCAUCCUGGACUACGAUAUCGAGGCUGCUCGGGCUGCGUUUGAGAAGGAGACCUUUGACUGCGGCAUCUGUCUAGACCCCAAGAAAGGUUUCAUGUGUCACAAGAUGCUCGAUUGCGGGCACAUAUUCUGUAUCCAAUGCUUACAGGAAUUCUACAAUAAUGCCAUCACGGAAGGAGACCUGGCAACUGUCCGCUGUCUUGCCCCGAACUGCUCCAAAGAGCGCGCCGAGGCUGGACAGGUCUCGGCCUCGGGCAAGAAGCGCAAGGUCAAGACCUCCAUCAGCCCAAGUGAACUGCUCCAGAUUGGUCUGCCCCAAGAGAUGGUGACUCGCUACGUGACCCUCAAGUACAAGAACGAGCUCGAGUCGGACAAGGACACCAUCUACUGCCCCCGGUCGUGGUGCCAGGGCGCUGCGAGGUCCAAGAAGCACAGGAAGCCCGAGGGGCUGGAGAUGGUUGAGGCUUCAGGUGAAGAUACAGAGGACGAUGAAGGCGCCGGGGGGCAGGACGACGGCGGAAAAGGCAAGAAGAAGCAGGCUUUUGACCGCGGGGACCUCCUGGCGAUAUGCGAAGACUGCGGCUUCGCCUUCUGCAGCCGCUGCUACCAGUCGUGGCAUGGCGAGUUCUACCGCUGCACGCCCAAGCGGGACACGGGCGAACUUUCGGCCGAGGAGCAGGCCUCGAUCGACUACAUCAACCUUCAUACCACACCGUGCCCGACGUGCGGCGUCACGGCGCAGAAGAGCCACGGGUGCAACCACAUGAUCUGCUUCCGUUGCGCCUCGCACUUCUGCUAUCUAUGCUCGGCCUGGCUCGACCCCAGGAAUCCCUACGCCCACUUCAACGAACAGCCCGACGGCAGAAUCACGUCGUGCUUUAUGCGCCUGUGGGAACUGGAAGGCGGCGAUGGCGAUAACGUCGGCAUUGGCUUCGCCGGCGGCGCGCGGCAGGCGCAGGCACAGGACGAGGACGAUGACGAGGACGAGGGCGUCGUCGAGAUAGUCGACCUUGUCCCCGAGAUCGAGGAGCCGGACGACAGCGAUUCGGACACGGAGGCGGACGACGUUCCCCAACCACCGCCCCCUCCGGCGGGUGGCGUUGCACGAGAAGGGCCGCUCGUCCUACGGAUCGGAGCCGACCCGGCUCCUCGGGGCGGCCGAGGAGGAGGAGGAGCAGCAGGGGUUGCCCACGGUCCCGUCCCGCCGGCCGCGCCACCAGCGCCGGCCAACCCCGCGAGAAGAGGCGGGCCUCCCGUACGAGGCGGACGUGGCGGGCGCGGAAACAGAGGCGCAGACGUUCGAGGCGGUCGGCGGCAGAACCAGCAGAGGAACCAGCGGUUACGGGUGCCCGUCGUGGGCAGGAACGGGGAGAUUGGCAUCGGCGUCGUUGACGCCGACGCGCUCGACGCAGCGCAGGAAGCUUGGAUCAGACGAUUCGUGCAGAUGGCUUUGGACGACGAGGAAGAGGACAGCGACGAGGGGUGA